GGUCCCCUUUUGGCAUCCGCAUCAGUGACUAACACGUCAGGAAAACCCAUCACAUUGGCAGUGCAGUAGCAUGUUUAGACAUUUUGUGGGUAGACAGGUUGUCCGACAGACCCUGUUUGGAAACCGACAUGGUCAGCGUGGCUAUGGCCAGACGACUGAACCUGAGCUCACUCCAGCGGAGAAACAGAUCCAUAAUACUCUCAAAACUAAAUUUCCUGGAGCGACGACCAUAAAUGUGGAAGACAUAUCAGGAGGGUGUGGUGCCAUGUACCAGAUCUCAGUGGAAGCUAAGGAGUUCAAGGGAAAGCGAACAGUACAACAACACCUAUUAGUCAACGAGGCCCUGGCUGAUGAAAUCAAAGACAUGCAUGGUCUUCAGAUUAAAACCAAAGUACCAGAAAGCUAAAUUAUGUUUUAAAAACAUGAGACCACAGUCUCAGUUGUUUUACAAGUGGCACUGUUUGACUAUACAUGUACGAGAGUAUUUUUGAUUUGGGUUGCUGGUCAUAUUCCUUCUGGACAACACUUUUCCCCAUGCGGUAGUGGUUGGCAAUGGUAUGAAAGGGUACCAUGACAUGCUUAUUAAUUAAUAUGGAUUACAUCAGGAUUGUUUUAAAAUAUUACUUUAAUAUACUUUUAAAAUAAUUGUGAGUAUCAAAAGCUGCAAUUUCACUUCCUUUUCGUGCAUCUUAAAAGAUAACGAUCUUUACAAUUUGCCAUAAUAAAUUAUAUAUUCAAAAUUAAUUAAAGACCAGUGGACUUGUUGAAAUUCUUUGAUUGUGUCGUGUAAUAUUUGAGAAAGUUUUGAUCACAGAUGGUUUUUAAAAAUCGUUUUUGUACAAGAUGACCCAUGAUAUAUGUAAACCUCUUGCACACUGUAGGUUUUUCAUACAUUUAAGCUACAGAAAAGCGCAUUUGGCUAAAAUUUGUUACAUGUCGGUUUGUAACAAUACUAUUUUAUAAGCUAUAAAUUGUUGUUUCAGUCAUUAAAUUUAAGUACAUGGAAGAAGCUGGGGGGGGGGGGGGGGGGGGGGGGG